AUGGGGUUCCUCUCUGGGGAAAUGUCACAGUUGCUGAGGUAUCGGGCAGUGCUGGAAGCCAAAGCCAUGCAGGCUGGGGAGGAAUGGGGAGGCACCCCCAAGCUGGGAGGGAAAGAUGGCUUGCAAACAGCCCCAAGGUCUCUGACCACGUGUCUCUACAAGCAGUACGGCCAGAUGAAGCCAGCAGUGUUGGGGACCAGGGAGGGACACCAGUCACACAGCAGCGGCCACCACAGAACACUUUUUCGGAAUGUCUGUGGCAGUUUAGAUGGUCCAAAAGCAUCACUGUCAAGGCUGCGGGAGAACAGAUGCUCCAUUAAGGGAAGUGAGCCCCCAGGUGACCGGGAACCGUGGGUUCUAUUGACGUGCUGUCCCCUCUCUAGGUUUGGUCCACUACCCUGCCUGCCAUGA